AUGGGUGGUCAUGAUUAUACAGAAAAUCUCAAGGGGGUUAAUGAUGGAAUGACAGACUUGACCAAGAAUGUCACUGCGCUUAUUCAGGCUAUGAACGCCAACAAUAUUACUACAGCGUUAACAAAUUUGUCCACAACCAUUGCCGCUUCUGUUGCCACGGCCGUUGUUGAUCAACUUCGCCCCUUGCUUCCUCCAGUUGCAGGCAAUCAUGGUGGUCCUCGUAAUAAUCCACCUCCACCCCCACCUCCGCGACAAAAUAACAUCAACCUCAAGUUUCCUCAAUUCGAUGGAGAUGAUCCUGACGGUUGGCUUUUCAAUGCAGAUCAAUAUUUCGCAGUUCACACAGCAGAUGAUGCUCUUAAAAUUACUAUUGCCUCUGCAAAUUUGAAAGGUGAUGCUAAUGUUUGGUUUAGAUGGAAGCAGUCUAAAGCUGCCAUUGUUACUUGGGCUGAGUUUGGUGCUCAUCUUCGAGCUCGUUUUGCAUCAGAGAAAUUUGUGGAUCCUAGACUAGCUAUUAGCAACAUCGAACAAAAAGGCACAGUGCGUGAGCAUAUUCCUGUGUUUGAGCGUUUAAUGAAUUUAGUGGACUUCACGGAAGAACACUUGAUUCAAUGCUUCAUCCGUUCUCUUAAACCUCAAAUAGGUUCGGCGCUUAGAUUAUUAAAUAUCAGAUCUUUGGAUGAUGCUUUUAAAAAAGCCAUCCAUCAAGAGGAAGCCCUUGCAGCAAAUAAGACUGUAAUCAGACAGCCUUAUCGUCCUCCUCCCUUCCGGCCUGCUGCAACUGUUCAACCCACUCCUUAUAACAAGUCUUCUUCUCCUCCUGUGUAUCGACAUUUAUCACCAGCUGAACAACGUGAACGCAGAGAAAAGGGUCUCUGUUUUAAUUGUGAUGAGGUUUACAAGAAAGAUCAUGUUUGUCUGAAUCCCAGACUGACCAUUUUGGAUGUUGAGGAAUAUAUUCGUGAAGGUUCUACCACUACAGAGGAUACUGCUCCUGUUUCCUUUGAAGUUUCUGAAGUAUCUGAAUUUGAUCCUACCAUCUCCUUAAGCUCGCUAUUUGGUUCUUCCUUUCCACGUACCAUGCGCGUUACAGGUUGUAUUAAAUCUCAACCCAUUACUAUUUUAAUUGAUUCAGGAUCUACUCAUAACUUUUUGCAUCCAUCUGUGGCUAAACAAUGUGGAUUUGAAGUUUGUUCUCGAGAUUCUCCUCUAAGUGUUACUGUGAGUGAUGGUUGCAAGUUGAAUACUCGGGGUUCUUGUCUUUCUGUCCCUAUUCAACUCCCUAGUUUCAGGUUUAAUGCUGAUUUCCACUUGCUUGACAUUAGUGGUUGUGAUGCAGUUUUAGGGGUACAAUGGUUACGUACUUUAGGACCGAUUGAAUGGGAUUUUGCAAGAUUAUCAAUGCAAUUUACAGUUAAUGGUAAAACUGUGUCCUUAGUUGGUAACAAUCAUUCGUCUGUAAUGAUUUUGGAGCAAAAAUCCAUGCAGCGUUUAUUACAACAUGCAAAUCAUGGGGUUUUUAUUGAACUAGCUGCAUUAACUACUUCAUUGAAGGAAACAUCGGUUAUUGAUCCUCGAGUACAACAAUUAUUAGCUCAGUUUACUGAUAUUUUCAAGCAACCAACGGCUCUUCCACCAGAACGUCUUCAUGAUCAUAGAAUUCCAUUGGUUCCUAGUUCUCCACCUGUCAAUGUGAGGCUGUAUCGAUACCCUUACUUUCAGAAAUCAGAAAUUGAAAAGAUUGUUGCUGAAUUACAAUUCUCUGGUUUUAUACGUCCAAGUUCGAGCCCCUAUUCUUCCCCGGUGCUGAUGGUACGUAAGAAAGACGGGUCUUGGCGUAUGUGUGUUGAUUACCGUGCUUUGAAUAAGCUGAAAAUCAAGGAUAGAUUUCCAAUCCCUGUUGUUGAUGAGCUGUUAGACGAGCUGCAUGGUGCGACUGUGUUUACUAAGCUGGAUUUGCAUUCGGGUUAUCAUCAAAUACGAUUGCAUAAAGCUGAUAUUCCUAAGACAGCUUUUCGAACUCACGAUGGUCACUAUGAGUUCUUGGUUAUGCCAUUCGGUCUUUCCAAUGCUCCAUCCACUUUUCAGAGUUUAAUGAAUGAUUCUUUCAGGGAAUAUUUACGAAAGUUCGUGCUGGUCUUCUUUGAUGACAUUCUGAUUUAUAGCAAGAAUAUGUCUGAUCAUUUGAUUCACUUGUCUCAGGUGUUUGAAGUACUUCGUUCUAAUCAGUUAUUUGUGAAGGAAUCCAAGUGCACCUUUGCUCAGUCCUCCGUGGGUUAUUUGGGACAUGUUAUUUCAGCUGAGGGAGUUUCAGUUGAACAAGAGAAGAUUGAAUGUAUUAUGUCAUGGCCUACACCCACUACCAUCAGAGAGUUACGCGGUUUUUUGGGCUUGGCAGGUUAUUAUCGAAAGUUUGUUAAGGAUUUUGGUAAGAUCAGUGCGCCAUUAACUCAACUACUUAAGAAAGAUGCCUUUCAAUGGUCGGAAAAAGCUAUUGCCUUCAAACUUUUGCAAACUGCUCUUACUACAACACCAGUUUUGAUCCUUCCUGAUUUUUCUAAAGAAUUUGCAAUAGAAUGCGAUGCUUCUGGAUUUGGAUUGGGUUGUUUUGUUACAAUCUGGUAG